AUGUCACUAAAUUUUCGUCGAGAUUCACCGGUAUCAUCACCAUACGGAUAUACAGUCAAAUUGGCACCACAGUCACAGCCAGCAGCUGAUGAGUUGGUUGAUCUGAAACUAAUUGAUAAUAAAACUAGACCAAUUGCCUGGUUUGUUAGUCACUGUACUACAUUUAGUAUACGAGAAAAAUACGUGAAACAACUUCAGGUAAGAAUUGGACAAACAGUUGCAUAA